AUGGCAACAUUCCGGUUCGGUCGAUUGAGGUCACUCCUCCUUGCCACGGGCGCUAUUUUUCUCAUCUCGACCUUUUAUCUGUACUGGACCCCGGCACCAGCAUCCGUGGUCCCCAGCACCGCGUUCGAAGUUCCUCUGACCGAACGUCAGAUUGCCUUUUGGAAAGCCUUCAAGCCCCUCCUAGAAAAGAAUGCGCCAAACUGUCCAUCACCAGUUGCCCGAGCCGAUGCUCCUGCAGUCCAUUUCAAUGCCACCACAACUGAUCCGCGACUAGAUUUAACCCUCCUGAAAGACGACGAUCGAAAGGCGAUGGAAGAAGCGCAUGCGAAUUAUGUUCGCGAUAUCCGGGUAUCGAAGAAAUUGCGCUCACCGCACACUGCUGGAACGCGUGGCUUGGUUUCGACUGCGGGGAAUUCAUACCUUCCGGUGGUUCUGUCGUCGUUACGUAUGCUGCGCCGUACAGGCUCUACGUUACCGGUAGAAUUAUACAUGAAGGAUGCAACCGAAUAUGAGAAGAAGAUCUGUGAGGGCGUGCUUCCCGAUCUAGGUGCAAAGUGUGUGGUCCUUUCGGAAAUCGUCGGGAAAACCCCUAUCGCCCAUUACCAACUCAAGGUCUUUGCGAUUCUAUUUUCGUCGUUCGAGGAGAUCAUCUGGAUGGAUGCGGACUGCUUCCCGUUGCACAAACCUGAAGAGCUGCUUGACUCGGAACCCUUCAAAACCAACGGCUUGGUCACUUGGCCCGACUUCUGGGUGUCGACUGCAUCUCCGGCGUACUUUGAACUCUCUCGGCAACCGAUCCCACUGAUGUCUGCUCGACAGUCGUCUGAGACGGGCGUUUUUCUGGUGUCUAAGGAGGCUCAUUUGACAACGCUCUUAUUGGUUGCCUACUACAAUUAUUACGGGCCGUCGCAUUACUUCCGGCUGCUGUCGCAAGGAGCUCCAGGGGAAGGGGACAAGGAGACAUUCCUGCAGGCGGCAACGGCACUGGGGGAGCCAUUCUAUGCUGUCAGCGAGAGAGUGCAGGCUCUCGGUCAUUGGAAGCCAGACGGCCAAGGACUCUCUGGCUCGGCCAUGGCGCAGGCCGACCCGGUGGAAGACUAUGCCUUGACCAGUCAGGACAAACGGCGCAUCAUAGAUCCCUCCGUGGCGAAAGCGCCGCGCGUGUUCUUCAUGCAUGCGCAUUACCCCAAGUUCAACCCGGCAGAGAACGUCUUCGGGACGAAGUGGGAGACGGCCCCGACGCUCAAAGCCGAUGGCUCCGACGGGCGCGCCUGGACCGCACCGGAAGAUGUCGUUAGUCGUUUCGGCUACGACGUCGAGAGGAAUUACUGGGAGGAGAUUAAAUGGGUCAGUUGUGAUCCCAAGACGGAGUUCCAGACAUGGGAAAACAAGGCGGAGGUUUGCCAGAAGGUCGAGAGCUACUGGCAGAACGUGUUCGCCGAACCACAUGAGGACGAUCCAAAGUUUACCGAUGAUUGA